AUGGUUUCUAAAAGUAAAUCAAAUACACCUAAUGUUAGUGUACCAGAUCAUCCAGCAAAUGCCCUUUCAUAUGGGAAUGAAGAUCAAAUAAAUGCGUUGCUAAAGCUUCAGCCUAUUUACAUGCCGACCAAUAAACAUACAAAUGAAGAAGUACUAGACAAAGUAAGAUCCAGUUAUAAAUAUUUAUACGUGGUUAACUGGUUAUAUCAAUGCAGAGGUUAUAUAAAAUUACAAUCUGAGUAUUUUGACGUUGAUCUUUUCGAAAUAGAAUUACUCAACAUGGUCUAUCCACCUCCAAUUGAUGAAUCGAUUUUAUUUAUCAAUAAGUUGAAGUUGGCAUUGAUCUCAACCUUGCAAAAUUCCAAGUGUUCCUCGAUUAAUAAUUUUGAAAAGAUAUUUAGACUCUGGUUUGGAUUUGAAACGCCGUUAGCUGGUAACGAAGAUGAAGAAGAUGAGACUCCUGAACCAAAAUUCGAUAACUUGUUGAUUGAAGACAAAUUUGAAAUAUUAUUUACAUUGAUCUCUUAUAUCACUCAAUACCAAAAUUUCAGAAAUUACAUAGACAAAAACAAUGUGUCUUCGGAUAUAAUAAGGGUCUCGUCGGUCUAUUCUGAAGAAGUAAAAAUGGGAACCUCGGAAGAUUAUAUUUCACUCUUCGAUCAUACAAGAUUAUACAAAAGAACUAUCAAAUUCCCAGAGCUUUCUAUUCCGAAGAAACGAAAAUUGGCUCCGGAAGUACCUGAAGAAUUCUUUGAACCCGAACAAUUUGAUAUUGAGUCUACCUCAUUUGAAAUAAUUAGUAAAAAUAUUUAUGAAUUCAAUUCAUUUUUGCUUGAUAUUUAUGGCAAGAGGAAACAGAAGAAAUAUAAAACGUUAUAUUCCAAUUUGGCGGACGAUAUGAUAUUUGAAUCUAUUUUCAAUGCAGAGAUUAAGAAGAGAAAGAUAUUGACGAACAGAAGGAAGGAACUCCAGUUAGCAAACUUAUUGGCGACUAGAAAAAGGUCUUCAAGAUUGGAGGCUAAAGAAAAACAGAGACAAGAAGAACUCAGAUUAUUGAAACUUCAGGAAGAAGAAGAAUUAAGGGUUGCUGGCGAAAAGAGAUUGGAAAGAAGAAGAUUGAUGAAAGACCAAGGGUACAGUUCGAGUCAUGAUAUUCCGCUGAGCACCAAUUCUUUAUCUAGAGAAGAAAGAUUAAAGUUGAGGAAGCUUACAGGAGAGUCGAAUAAGACAACAGCUAGCCCUGAGGUCGUAUCCCAGACGAUUAUAAAAUCAGAAGACGCGCCUGUCCAACAUGAAGUUGAAGCCAAUAAGACUAAUGAGAUAAAUAAUGAUAUAAACAAGGAAAUUCAAGUACCAGUCACAAGCGUUAGUAGUGAGAAUUCUCGUGCACAAGUCGAUUCUGCUGUUGGUUAUACUCUGGAACAGAACAACCGCGCUAACAUAUCGAAUGUUUCCGAUGUUUCAAAUUUGCUACCUGAACAUCAAUUCGCGCAUGUACAUAAUGAUAAUGAAGACGCUACAUCUUAUCAAGGAUCUAUGGACGGAUUACAAGCUUCUAACACAGCUUCAUUUCCAGCGCAUUCUGGUAUUUACGAUAAGCCAAAUCAAAACUUUCAUAAUGUUCCUAUUCAUCCCACUCAAAGCUAUGGUAACGCACCAACCCAGAGCUAUGAUAGCGCAUCAAUCCAAAGCUAUGAUAGCGCACCAACUCAAAUGGUUCAAAAUUUGGGUAAUUUUCCGGUACAACGAGAUUUUAAUGCCAAUGUUGGUCAAAAAAAUCGUUUUAAUGAACCAAAUCAAGUCAUCAAUGCUAUCAAUACCAAUUCCAAUCAAUUUAUCCAACGAAAUGAUAUGCCUAAUGCAGAUUCGAACCAGAAUUUUAAUCAACUGCAAAGCUAUGAAGCAAAUUAUGAUACCAAUCAUUAA